AUGCAAAUAAAUGUAGAUUUACGGGUUUUAUCAUUUGAUGUACCGGCACAGGAAAUUCUUAGUCGUGAUUCGGUAACAGUAUCCGUAGAAGCAGCAAUCUAUUUCCGGAUCAAUAAUCCGGUAGUAUCUGUAACAAAUGUUAACGAUGCUCAAUUUAGCACUAAACUUUUGGCGCAAACGACACUUCGAAAUGUUCUCGGUACUCGAACACUCAGUGAAAUAUUGAGUGAACGUGAUAAUAUUGCCAAU